AUGUCGGAAAUAUCCUUACAGGGAUUCUCCGGCAACCAGCCAGCAGUUUUCCCGGAAUCCUCACAGGGAGUCGCCGGUGACCAGCCAGCAGUUUUUUCAGCAUCCUUACAGGGAGUCUCCGACAACGCCGAUCUUUUAUCGGAGAUUCUCCUCCGGCUACCUCCAAAAUCCCUUCUCCGAUUCCAAGCCGUUUGUAAAGACUGGUUUUCGAUCAUCUCAAGCCGUACAUUCCGGCAACUUCACUGCCGGAGAAAACUCACUUCCGGCAGAGUUGACGGACUAUUCUUCUGCUGGUGGGUCUAUGGUAAUAACUAUGUUGACUUUAUCCCUCUCAAUGGGAUACCCAAAAAGCAAAUGGGUAUGAUUCCUUCAGCACUCAAAAAUAUUGCUAAUUCUACAUCUUCAAAAAUUGAACAAUUACAUUCCUGUAAUGGGUUGUUCUGUAUAAGUUUCAAUUUGGGUAUUGAAAAUCUUGAUUAUUAUGUCUAUAAUCCUAGUACAAAUCAGCAUAGAUUGAUUCCACUCCCAUAUUUAGGUAUAAAAGCUUAUGAGAUUGUUGUAAUGAAUUUGGCUUUUGAUCCUAUGGUAUCUGAUUGUUAUAAACUAGUAUGUGUGAUAAAAUUAAAUGGGGUAUAUGAAAUUUCUGUAUAUUCAUCAGAAACUGAAGUUUGGAGAGAUUGUAUGGAGAUGGAGAUGGAGAUGUUGAAUCAACAUUGUUUAGGUCACGGUGUUUUCUUGAAUGGUUGUAUGCAUUGGGUUAGUGAAAUGUCGUCUUUCUUAAGGUUCGAUUUGGAUUUGAUGUGUUUUAGAGAUAUGCCUAGUACUGAUAUUCCUGUUGGAGUGUUGAAAAGGAGUAUAAGGUAUUUUGGGGAGUCGGGUGGACAUUUGCAUCUAAUUGAGGUACAUGGGUUCAGGUCGAUGAGUUUUGAAGUUCUUGAGAUGGAGAUUGAUUAUUCUAAGUGGUUUGUGAAGUAUUGUGUUGAUCUUAGUUCGUUGCAUACUACUUAUCCGUUAAUGUUGAGUGAAGAACUUGAUUUACUAGAUGUGAAUGGUCGUACUUGCAAUGUUGUAUCUUUGGUUGUCAAUGAUAAGGAAGAUAGAACAAGGUUUUUGGUAACCACACCUGAUGUUAUCAUUGAAUAUGAUGCUCAUCAUAUGACUAUCAAGGAGGUUGCGUAUAUAGAGAUAGCAAAGAUCCCUGUUAUCUGGGAAGAUGUUUCGGUGUUUGAAUGGUAUGAUACACAUCAAUAUGUUGAGACAAUGGCGCGUGUUUGA